AUGAGCGCUCCGGAUCAGGCCCACGGCUCGGCCCAGGAAGCUAUCCGCGCAGCGGAACCUGAGCAAUACCAGGGUCUCCCGUCUGGGUCCUACACGGAUCUGAAGCUGCGCCAUGCCUCCGCUCAUCAUUUGCACAUGACUAACCGGCGUUUCUUCAUCGGGCCGAUUCCUGAAGGCUGGAUUCAUGGACACCGCAAGUCCUGGUAUAAAUCUCGGCUGCGAUUCAAGAAUUACACAUCCCAGACCUUAUCAUUUUCAGCGGAUCCAAUCGCCUCCCAUUACAGCCAAUACGAUGAGAAUCGAAACCAGGACCAGGCCGUUGUUUCGCCGCCAACUUUGGAGGAGGUCGCCCUCACCUUUACGCAUACGAAUGAAGAUCCUGGAACGGAACAAGACGAUACAGAGGCCGAGCAAACAGAAGCUGAGCAAGAUUCAAGCGAAGAGCCCACAGGCGAGCUUCGUACGCUCACUCAUCCAGAGGAAACACAGGAAACUGAGGCUACAGGCACUGAGGCUACAGGCACAGAGGCUACAGGCACAGAGGCUACAGGCACAGAGGCUACAGGCACAGAGGCUACAGGUACAGAGGCCACAGGCACAGAGGCCACAGAAACAGAGGAAGCGAAUCAGACAGAAGAGGAACCCUCCGAUGAAGAUUCCGAUGCUACGCCGAGGGCAAGCUCAAGAAGGCAAGAGCGGAUUUACGACAGUACGAUUGCAUCUUCUUCUUUCGUGACGGCCAGGGAAUUCGAAUCCAAUUCCGCAGACACGGAUAUAACGUCUUCUACCAUGCGCGCCACGGGGCUGCAGCCUCCUAGCCAUCGACCCCAAUCGCAAGGAUCGCAAGGUGUGAGCUUUGCCAGCCAAAACGGUCAGAGUCCCUUGAUAUCUACCAAUUCCGCAGUAGCAAGCGAAGCCGACUCCGCCACGCCUUUGUUCAAAUCAAAACUGAAGAGCAAAGCCAGCAAGAUAUCUUCCACAACUCACUUCUCCUUGGACCAACAGGAGCCCCAAAAUGAGGACGAAACCCAUCAAGAAGGUUUUGGGCCUGGAAGGCACAUGCCACAGCGAUUAACCAAGAAGAUGGCGAAAUACAACGCGAAAUACAACUUGGAUGACAAUGUCAAGGAUAAGCAGCAGAGACUGCGCUCCCGCAUAGCUAAGACUGGAGGUACUAUCGCUGCGAAUCGUCCUCGUCGGAGGAAAGUACAGGAUGGGGAGAUCGUCAAAGCUGAAAGGAUGCUUGUUUGCGUUGAAGAGACUCUUAAGGAGAAUCUGCCUUCCGACUAUAGUGAGAAUGACAGCCUACGGAUGGAAUCUCGCAGCGUGGACAAAUGGCGAGAGUUUUUGGUGGUUUGUCGAAAGAGCUCGGCAGAGCAUGCACCGUUUGCUUUGCAAAUGUACCGCACGCGCGUGAUCCCCGAUGCACAGAGCCCGAAUAACAAAUCCCGCCCCUACUACGAGAUCCUGUUAAAUCACAGGAACACCAAUGUCAACCUUUAUUCUGCUUUGGAUAAGACCCUCGUGGUCUGGCACCCUCGCAGACAUGGCACCAAAAUCUACAUCAUCCGUCCCAAAUCAACUGCCCAUGCUACUGAAUGGUACACCUUCAUCCGCCAGGUGCUGGGCUGGCGGCGUUCGACCAAGCUACCUAUCCAUGUACCUGAUCUGGGGGUCUCUUUGGUCUUCAAGCAUCCGUUUGAGCAACUAGAGGCUCGCCUCGGAGUGACCGAUGACGACAAUCGACACACUACAGUUCUGCCUCGGUCUACGGAUGAGAAGUAUGCCACUGCUACUAUUAUCCGCAAAUGCAUGGAGAUGCUCGAGGGCCGUCCUGAAUGGGCAGAGGUGUUACGGGCUUGGUCUAAGACCGAGAAAAUGGGUCUUGCCUGGAAGCGGUAUGAUCGUCUAGAGUGGUUGUUUGGACCUAACGAGGAGAACAUGUACGGAACUAUGGCGAUGGAGUCAUCACAUGAACUUGAACUGCGGCCUCGCCAUCAUUAUUCUACUGCGAUAAUGCAGGCAGGCAAGAAGGAAGAGGAGCCGUCGCCCGUCGAGGGAUUCUUGAUUCGACUUACUUCUCAGAAAGGUGUGCACCAGAGAAAGAACAAAAUGUUCUUCAAGCGGCUGUACUUCUUCACGCAGGAUCAUUACCUGUUGUUCUGCAGGCCGGCUAAAGCUUAUCCCCCAACGCCGCCGAAGCUUGCUCCGAUGGGUGGGGACGAGAGCGUGCCGUCUUAUCGAGAGAUCAUUGAUGAGAUGCCGAAUUCCUGGGAAAUCAACCCAUAUCCGAUCAAAGAUGGCGACAUCACGUGGCUGUCAAGUGGGAACGCUGAGUUUGUCCAAAGGCACGAUGAAGAAGCCUAUGCCCAGCUGCAGAGGAAUGUGCACAAUACCAAUCAUGCAGAUGGGUAUAUUGAUAUUUGUCGAGUGAAAGAAGUACGCCUGGUCCAGCGCGGGAGUAGCCCAGCCGACCCCAACAUUGCAGAGGGGCCUGCUGUGGACUUCCAACCGGAAGCAGCAGAUUCGAGGCAGGACGAUGGUUCAACCAAGCAAUUUGAUGACGACAGGAUAUUUGAAAUGGUGCUGGACAAUGGCCUGGUUGUCCGCUUGCAGGCCUACGACGCUGCUUCCCGGAGCGAAUGGGUCAAGCGUCUAGAUGCUUUGGUGAAAUAUUGGACAACACGCAAUGCCGACGACGCAGCUGAACUCCAGGCCGUGCGGCGGCGAAACCUCAAGUUACUGGACAUCGACGAGGAAAUGGAGUCGAUCGUGGGUCAGUUUGCAGAGAAAUGGGAGGUAAAAAAGGCCGAGGCCUCGCCUCAUCUCCACAACAUUUGCUCGCUAGUGGGCUGUCGUACAAUCAAGAUGUCUGGCCACCUCUAUCGCAAGCCUCGUCGCCAUGCCACCUUCACCAGGUGCAAUGUGCUCCUCAUUGCUGGGCAACUUCUCAUCUUCCGCUCUACGCUGCGCAAGGGGAACGGUGCCCAGAUCCCACACAUUCACCAAGAACAUGAAGCUACUAUCGACCUGCGUGACUGCUACAUUUACUCCGGACUUGUCACGGAGGCUGACCUGCUAUACGCCAACCAGACAUUCGACAGCAACAACCCAGGUCUCCACGCUUUGCCGCGAGUGUAUCUCACGUCGGGUGCCUUCACUAGCCGUGACGAGGAUACGUCGAUCACAUUUGUCAUUUGGCAGCCUCUCAGCAAGAGCUACUUCCGCGCUCAUGAACGAGAGGCCACGGGUGAAGCGAAACGGUCCCUACGCCACGUGUCGACACUGGGCAAGCACGGUCGGACGAUCGUGUUCAAAGCACGCAGUCGGGUCGAGAAAGACCGUUGGGUCCUGAGUAUCUCGUCGGAGAUAGAUCGCCUCCAGGAGGAGAAACAGGAAGACAUUCGUAUUGUUUCUCUGUGA